AUGGCAGCUCUACCGAACCUGUGGCAUCACCGACGUGUGGCCGAUAGCGCCGCAAAGGCAUGUUGGAUAUGCUAUAAACCAUCAAGCAGUGUGCUUAUCACACCCGACAGCAAGGAUUACUUCUACAUCUGUCCCGGGCAUCUCCAGGAUCGAAAUUUUUCCGUGCCGGAUGCCACAGAGGCGACGGCGGCCGCUGCCGCGGCCGAGGAGAAGCGCAAAAAGGAAGAGCUGGAGAAAGAGAUCGCAAAGGUGAAAGCCGAGUACGAAGAGCGACAAAAGAAGAGAAAGGAGAAGUCCAAGAAAAAAGACUCGAAGAAGUCCGACGGCAAGAACUCCAAGGCAGAGGAGGAAGAGGAGAAGAAGGAUGAGAAGGAGCGGGAUGAGAAAAUCAAGGAACUGUCCGAAGAGGAAAAACAGAAAUCCUCCACCGAAGGUCCAAGGAUUUUCACGUUACAGAAGAAUUUCUAUAGGAUGCGUGUCGACCGCAUUCGCAAUGCUGAGAUGGCACGAAAGAAUGCAGAACGAUUGAAGAAUCCGUCGUCCUUCCCAUCCGUCCCACCUAACGACCUCUAACCCCAAACGUCACCCCAAGACCGUAGAGUAUCAUCAACGACUACAGCUUUUAGACAUCGAUCCAUUCGCUUUGCUGUCAUCCCCUAUCGUUUCAGGAAUGUAAAGAUUGGUGAUCCGAUCCAAUCGAACCGCAUAUACUGAAGAGUCCUGCGUGGGAUGUCACGUUGGCAUGAUCCGCUACUUCGACAAAAGGACACCACCAGUUGUGGCAAGG